GUUCUUCUCUCGGCCCUUGCGCUUGCGUACUACGACUCGUCUCCGUCACCCAGGCCCGGAUCGGGAAGUGUCAAAGUGGGAGCCGGGAGCCCCCGCCUUCGCCGCCGCUGCUGCUGAACCCGGACCCUCAUCCCGGCCGGGCCCUACCGCCAUGACGAACGUGUACUCCUUGGACGGGAUUCUGGUGUUUGGUUUGCUCUUUGUUUGCACCUGUGCCUACUUCAAGAAAGUACCUCGUCUCAAAACCUGGCUGCUCUCAGAGAAGAAGGGAGUUUGGGGUGUGUUUUACAAAGCUGCUGUGAUUGGGACCCGACUGCAUGCUGCUGUUGCAAUUGCCUGCAUUGUAAUGGCCUUUUACGUCCUGUUUAUCAAAUGAAUUCUCAAGUAUCCCACUCAUGAACUGCCAACCAAGGGGAUAAAGAUGAAGAACUUGCCGGAAACCUGGACCCAGUGUAGGAGAGUUCAGCUAGAAUCACCAGUGUCCCUAAGAUGACACCGCAGCUUCUGUCUGCCAUAUGUGGGGGAACUCAUGGUCACGAACAUUAUUUUUGCUCCAGGGGACUCCAGAAAGCCAACUUUUCUAGAUCUCUCUGUUAAUCAGCCCUCAGCAGCAAGCAUAUAUCUCCAGAUAAAUCACACCCCUUGGAUAUAUGAUUAUGUACCUUCUGCUUAAAAAACCUGGGGUUCAAUGGUAGAACAUUUGUUUAGCAUUGUCAGGGUCCUGGGUUUGAUCCCCAACACUAAAAAAAACAACCGACAACUGGUCAUCUAUCUUGCUCUUCGGUCCCUCAUCAGAACCUUUUAAAACUGAGGCUCAUCAUGGAAGGAUACAAGGAUACAGGCUGUAUUCAGACUUCCUGGAAGGGGAGACUUUUGGGGUUUUUUUUAUUUGUUUGUUUGUUUUUUAUUUUCUUUUUUUUUUUUUUGAAACUGGGUCCUUGCAUAGCCCUGGCUGUCGUCAAGCUCUCAAUGUAGACCAGGCUGGCCUCAAACUCAGAGAUCCGCCUACCUCUGUCUCCUGAGUGCUGGGAUUAAAGGUGUGUGCCAGAAGAUAAUUUUUAAGGCUUGACUUUUUUAUUGGCUAAUUUGGAUCUGGUGAAUUGGGGAGGGAGGGUGGGACUGGGUGAGAAAUAGGAGUUAUGAAAGGCCAGGAAAUGGUUUGAAAUGUGUUUUUUCUAUGAUCAUCUAGGAGCUGAAGAGAGCAGGAAUUUCAGUGUAAAGAGCACAGAUUGCCAUGUGCUUGUAGCUUGAGGGUUUUCCCAAGAGAAUCUGAGCGUAUGUGCAAUCCAGGGCUCUAGAGUUGGAGACGAGAAGCAGUGACCUGAGACCAGGAGCAUUCGCUGCUUACCAGUGUCCCCAAAGAUGACUCCACUUGACCAACUGAUAGCAGAAAGUCAACCAACUCUUGCUAUUUCCUAAAGUUUUUGAAAUUGCAUAGUGCUAAGUACUGUUACUCAGUUUUAAAUACCAAUGCCAGGGGAGGGAACUAUUGAAUGAAUAAUUAAUAUAUUUGGAAUUCUGGUAGAAGAGAUAAGUAAAUUAGUAUAACAAUCCAUAUACUAGUAAAUUCAUUUAGUAUAAGAAUUUACUGUAAUGAAAGCAUAUAUAGCUGGGAAUUCUGUCAUGUUAUAAAAGACGCAAGCUUGUUCUUUAGUCUGGGUUACAGCGGUGUUUAGUUGUUCCCUGCCAGCUCUCAGUUUUCUUCAUAGUGCAGUGUUCCACUGUUGUCUUUACUAUAAGACCAUGAGAAAUUGAGAUGAGAGGGGUCCCGAUAUUAACAUAUUGGACAGCUCAUAGAGUCCAUUAAUAAAACGAGUAAAGGAAAACAGAGCUUUCCAGCUGAGUAUUCAGGGCUUUUCCUGGGUGUGGAUUCCUGAGCAGAUGAUCUUAGAUGACUAAACAUUUGAAGUGAAGACUUCUCCACCCCUUCCUCCUUAUGCCUGCAAAAGAAUCAGCUGUUAGCUGUAAAGUCGACAACACUCUUAAAGUAGGUCUAAUAUUAAUGCUAAUGCUAAUACAGCAGGAUAUACACAGGCGGUCCAGUUGAACUGUCCAUGGUAGAGCCUGAGGACCAGCGCUGGUCUGCAUACGCUACAGGACAAGGCUGCUGGGAAGCUUAGGUUCCGAAGCCUCUGAGUGCUGUGAUUGUAGCAGUAGAAAGCACUGCAUUCGUGAGCAUCUCUCUCCAAGAACUCGUCCACGGGGCGGAUUGCAACCAUUGCUGUUUCCGUGGUCAUUCCUGAGGAUUGUUCACAGGGGAGAGACGAAAUCUGGAGAGAUAGAGCCCGAGUGUGAGUUGGGUGUCCCGUGGGAGGCAGGUUCAGCACUAGUUACUUUGGUUUUGGUGACCUAUUGUCACCAGUAGGGCUGAUGUCUCCAGCUGUGGUCUGUAGAGCAGCUUCAUUUCUUAGACAGCUUUUCAUUCUGAGUCUCCUCAUGGGUCCUCUUGGCCUAAAUGCCUGAGUUGGUAGAUUUUAAGAUGUUUUCUCACCAGAAUUCCAAAAAGUACAUGAAGAAGCAAAUAGCCUGUUUUACUUCUUAACUCUUGACUUUAUGUAAGCAGCUACAUAGGAACCCGCUGUACUUAUUAUGUAGACUGAUGGCUCUCAAAAACUGACAAAUUGUUCCUCUAGGGGCAGUCCUCUAGGGGUGGAGGUGUGAGGGUAGCAAUAUUGCCUCAGAUUCAGGUUCAUUACCACGAACCCUGUGCACCAGGAUCAAAUGAAAUCAGCUCCUUUUUAUAGUUGAAAUACCAUUUUUUAUUCACCAUUGUUGGCAUAGUCCUUGAAAAUAAACCUUUUUUCCCUGUGA